AUAAAUAAAAAAAAACGACAAAAGCAAAGCAAGCAAAAAAGGUUAAUUCAAGUCUGCUUUCUCGUAUCAUUUUUGGGACCGCAUUCUACUAAACUAAUUAGUAUACUAAGUCCGUUUUUUUUUCCUUGGACCCACCAACCACCAUCCCGUUGUUAAACCACACACACAGACAGAGGCACGUAGGCUGUUGAUAAUGUUGCGUUCCGUGGUGCGGUCACAUUUCAAGCUCCUGGUAGCGGUGCUGUUGGCCGGUCUGGCCGUGAGCCUGGUGGAGGGCGAGAAAGAAAUACCACUUACCAAGUUCAGCCAAGAUGUUGGCGGGUACGGCGCAACGAUGACGUUCCUGUACUGUUAUUCCUGCGGGUAUCGUAAGGCGUUCGAUGAUUACUACAACAUCAUUCGCGAGAAGUAUCCGGAAAUAACGAUCCGGGGCGGCAACUACGACCCGUCCGGGUUUAAUAUGCUCCUGUCGAAGGUUCUGCUAGUCACGAAGCUACUGCUGAUCGCGGCCCUGAUGUCGAACUACGACAUCGGUCGCUUCAUUGGCAAUCCGUUUGCCGGUUGGUGGCGAUGGUGCUUCAACAAUAAACUGUACGCGUCGAUGAUGAUUUUCUUCCUCGGCAAUACGCUGGAAGCGCAGCUCAUCUCAUCCGGCGCAUUCGAGAUAACGCUGAACGAUGUGCCAGUGUGGUCGAAGCUAGAAACGGGUCGGUUUCCUGCGCCACAGGAAAUGUUUCAAAUCAUCGAUAAUCACCUACAGUUUGCCAACAAGAUUGAGCCAAAUCCGGACUUUGUUAAAUAAGCCACACACCGGGUGGCAAUAAGGCCCGUAGGCCGUGUAGAGAGAGAAGUACAGAGGUUUUUAUUUCAUUCGUUACAUGUGCUUUUUUUGUUUACGUUUCAGUGUGCGGUACACACGACCAGAAAGGUUAUUAUUGGCAAUUGAAACCACAUUUUCCCUUGCAUACUUUCUUCACAUUUCCUCUCAUCAACAGUGACUCAUGUACGGAGUUUUUUUACUUCUUCAAAUUGUUUAUCUAUGUUUCCUUAUUUUACCUAUUUACCCAUUGCUUAAGAAAAAUACUCAAACUGUCCCCUUUAAACAAACGAAGCUUCAGCAAGAUGACUAAAUAUUCAGAAAAUGUUUUACCCCGUAAUGUGGACACAAUAAGAGGGCAAACACACUGGUCUACUAGGUUAGUAGUUUGUAAGGCAAUCUAUUCGGUGGGUAGUGUGCGGUGAACAGGUGUGUUUUCGUAUCCGUGGCAGAAUUGAAUAAAAUAAAUCAAUCAAAACAAUAAAAAAAAAACUCCAAACAGUCCCGACCCAA